AUGAGUGUUUCAGACAUUGUCCAAGAAUAUAUCACCAAAUGGUAUGUCGUUAUACCUACUUUGUUUGUUGUCUAUCAGGUUGUUGAUUUCUUCUAUGUUAGAAGCUUAAGAAGUCGUCUUGGUGCCAAAGCUCCUACAAACAACGAAUCCGAUGGUUAUUGGGGGUUCCAUUUACCAUUCUUGUUGGUUUCCAAAAAAGCUGAAGGUACAAUUAUUGAUUUCGCUGGUGAACGUUUCAAAAGUAUUGCCCACCCAGAAGUCCCAACUUUUCAGUUCCCAAUUUUCACUGUCAAAGUUAUUUCCACCGUUGAUCCAGAAAACAUUAAAGCUGUAUUGGCCACCCAGUUCAAUGACUUUUCAUUAGGUACUAGACACAAUCAAUUUGCUCCAUUGUUGGGUGAUGGUAUUUUCACAUUAGACGGUGCUGGUUGGAAACAUAGUAGAUCUAUGUUGAGACCACAAUUUGCCAGAGAACAAGUUGCUCACGUCAAGGCAUUAGAGCCUCACAUGCAAGUAUUAUUCAAACAUAUCAGAAAGAGUGGUGGUAGAACUUUUGAUCUCCAAGAAUUGUUUUUCAGAUUUACUGUUGAUUCUGCUACUGAGUUUUUAUUUGGUGAAUCCGUCGAGUCUUUGAGAGACGAAAGUAUUGGUAUGGCUUUAGAAGCAGUCGAUUUUGAUGGAAAAAAGGAAUUUGCUGAAGCCUUCAACUUUUCUCAAAACUAUUUGGCCUCCCGUGCUGUUAUGCAACAAAUGUACUGGUUAUUGAACAGCAGUGAGUUCAAAAGUUGUAACUCCAAGGUCCACAAAUUUGCUGAAUACUAUGUCAACAAGGCAUUGGAGUUGUCUCAUGAAGAAUUGGAAAAGCAACAAGGUUAUGUCUUUUUGUAUGAAUUGGCAAAACAAACUAGAGACACCAAAGUGUUGAGAGACCAAUUGUUGAACAUUUUGGUUGCUGGUAGAGAUACCACUGCUGGAUUAUUGUCGUUUGUGUUUUUCGAAUUAGCUAGAAAUCCAAGAGUGUUUGCCAAAUUGAGAGAAGAGGUUGAAGAAAAGUUUGGUGUUGGUGAAGAUGCUCGUGUUGAAGAAAUUAGUUUUGAAUCAUUGAAACUGUGUGAGUACUUGAAGGCUGUUCUUAAUGAAUGUUUAAGAUUGUACCCAUCGGUCCCACAAAACUUUAGAGUUGCUACAAAGAAUACUACCUUGCCAAGAGGUGGUGGUUCUGAUGGUAUGUCUCCAAUUUUGGUCAGAAAAGGUCAAACUGUUAUGUACAGUGUUUACGUUACCCACAGAGACACUAAGGUUUACGGUAAGGAUGCUGACGAAUUCAGACCAGAGAGAUGGUUUGAACCAGAAACCAGAAAAUUGGGUUGGUCGUUUGUUCCAUUCAACGGUGGUCCAAGAAUCUGUUUGGGUCAACAAUUCGCCUUAACUGAAGCUUCUUAUGUUACUGUCAGAUUACUUCAAGAAUUUGGUCAUUUGACUAUGGACCCAAAUACUGAUUAUCCACCAAAAAAGAUGUCACAUUUGACCAUGUCUCUUUACGAUGGUACUAAUGUUGAAAUGUAUUAA